GUUACGAUUAAGACUAACAUAUUGUGUGUGGUACUAUCAUACAGACAGUUGACAUAACCUAAUAAUGUGGAUCAUGUAUGUUUUUGGUUUGACAACAUGUUUUGGUGUUGCAAUAGGAAGUUGUUAUCGACAAAAUGAUAUAACUCAGGGUCUUCUAGAGAUGUUGACGAAAAUGACCAAAGGACAGCCAAGCAUAGAUUCUAAGACGAGACCGGUAUUUUUUGCUUCACUUACAAAACGCCCUACAACUGUGCAUGCAAAAGAAAUUGUAAAGUUUGAUGAUGUUAGAGUAAAUAGGGUAAAAGCGUAUCAACCUUCAACGGGGGUUUUCACAGCACCAAUGGCUGGUAUUUAUACUUUCAAUUGUGUAAUUUCUGCAGAGAACGGAAAUAAAUUUGGAUACCAAUUGAAUAAAAAUGAUGCAAUGUAUGUUAACGGAUACACAUCUGACGCUAAUUAUGGAUCCCAAACUACAAGCGUGAUAAUCGAACUGAAAAAAGGGGACCGGGUCUAUAUCAAACAUAGACAUCCGAAAACAGAAACCAUUGCCGGUAACCAGUUUACUUAUUUUUCUGGAUAUUUUUUACAGGAAUAAAGAUGACUGAUUAAUA